AUGCCGUCAGAAAAAUCAGACAAGAAGCGCAAGCGCUCCUCUGACCGCCAUGAGCGGCCGAGCAAGAAGCCCGCUCUCCAGCUGCACGCGCUGCCGCCGCUAGCAGCCAGUGUCGUUGAGGACAAAAGCGAACUCGCCCCAGUGAUUGCCUCCACGCCGGGCCUCCAGUGCUCCACAUCUCUUCGCUGGAACCCAUACAUCAAAACCCGCGAAAAUGUCCCUCGAUCGGCCACCUCUAAUCGGAACCCGGGCAUUGUCUUAUCAGAGGUCUUGCUGCAGUCCUCGGACCAUGCGAAGAUGGACUUUGUCGGCCGUGAGGGCACGGGCGACGAUGCGGACUCGCAGCUGAAGCACUACGUCGCCGUGGUCGAUCCCGAGCGCAAGACAUGGCAAUUGGUGGAGGUGCGAAGAGCUACAUUGCGAGGUGCAGUGAGGACCAAGAGAGCUGCCGAGGAGGAGUUCGAUGAAGAAAUGAACAACAUGCGCGCGCAACGUACUGCGCUGACCAACACCUUCGGAACGAAACAAUCGCGCAAGGCCGUGCAGUCAAUGGCGGAGAACGCUCAGCUGUCCAAUGCGCCGGCCGGUGCUGUCCCGGAGGCAGGCGCGGCCCUGCUCUCGUCUCUGCCGGCGGAUGUGGCCACAGGUGUGACCAAGGCCAACAAUGUGCAGGCCGAGGUGCAAGCAGCCAAGCCUCUCCCCACUGCCGACCUUUCUGCGGCCCAUCCAUCGGAUGUGUACCCGCUCGAGACGCUUGUUCCGAACGGCAACUCGACGCUCAGCCAGUUGAAUGGAGUCGACGAGUGGAAACAGCAGGUGGAGGCCGGGCUCGGGGUCAGCACGUACUCGCGCUAUGCGUCUAACCGCAUUCCGGCAGUGGUCAGCUCGGACAACGCAACGCAUCUGCAAGUGUUGCGAUUUAUCCAGCUGCUCAUGGAAUUCGCGCGCUCGCUCAAGAACAUGGGCCGCGACGCCAAAGGCGGCGGCCCCGGCAGCAAACGGCUGCCGCCGCGCGAGGACCUGCGCCGCAUCCUCAGCAACGUCACUGGGGCACCCAAGGGCGCAGCCAAGCCAGCAGAUAAUGCCGCCACCGCAUCCUCGGAUCUGCUCCCGGAGUCUGUGGUCGACGCCGUGCGCCGCCGCUUUGCGCCCAACGGUGGUUUCCUCACCAAGCACGACUUGACGCUCCUGCACACGACCAUCUGCGCGCUCACCCUGCAUAUUCCCCCGCAACCCGCCCGCGACGGCGGUUCCAGCUCGCUGGGCGGCAACGCACCCAACGAACUCGCCACUGACCCCUCAGACCUGCGCGAUGACCUGCGCGUCGACUCCAAUACUAUUUACCAGUACUUCCGCGAGCUGGGCUGCCGCAUUGACCGGCCCCGUGAGACCGAGUUUGCCAAGUGGAACAUCAAGGGUGGCCGGGCUGAGGCCAAUGCUCGUCGCGUUGCGCGCCUGCGUGUCCCGGUUGAGUUCCCCAAGGUCAGCCGUGGAGGGCGGAAGUAA